AUGCCGAUUGGUAAGCAACCUUCUACCAAAUCUGCAAAAGAGAAGUACUUGUCUCAGUUUCCUUCUUUCUUUCAUCCAUACAUCAAUGACAUUGUUGAUGUUGAAUCAGAUGGAAAUUAUGGUUACCGUUCUGUCUCUGAUGUUAGUAGUUCAUUAGUCGUAACACACUUGGGUGAUCAGGAUAUGGAGAAAUGGAUGUCAAUCCCGGAUAUGGGUUACUCUAUUGCUUCUAGAUACAGUGUUGUAUUUGUUUCUCUUUCCAUGGCAAUGAACACAACAUUUUUCCCGCUUCUCAUAGCUCCACCCUCAUACACGAGUCGACAUGCCAUCAUUGCUGUUGGUUUUGUCAACCGUAAUCAUUGGGUUCAGAUAAAGUUGAGACCCGAUUGUCCACUGCCUCCUGUCACUGCUCAUUGGAGGAAGAAUUGUUCUAAUGAUGCAAAAUCUUAG